AUGGCGUCCCCAAACCCCCUCACUGAAUACGUCACGCUCGUCUCCUCCGACGAUUACAGCUUCAUUGUCCGUCGCUCCGCGGCAUGCAUCAGUCCCGCUAUCAAGAGGAUGUUGGAUCCCGCGAACGGCUUCAUCGAAUCCCAAACGAAUACCUGCCGCUUUGAUAACAUCAAUGGUCUAGUCCUCGAGAAAGUCUGCGAGUAUCUCUACUACAACGAGAAGCACAAGGACGCGAAAGACGUGGCGGAUAUGGAUUUGCCCAUGGAGUUGGUGCUGGAGUUGUUGAUGGCGGCGGAUUAUUUGAAUGAUUAUGGGGGAAACGAUGAAGGGUUUUAG